AUGAGAAUCUACCAAUGUCACUUCUGUUCCUCUCCCGUAUACCCAGGUCAUGGUAUCAUGUUUGUUCGUAACGACGCUAAAGAAUUCAGAUUCUGUCGUUCGAAAUGUCAUAAGUCCUUCAAACAACGUCGUAAUCCACGUAAAUUGAAGUGGACUAAGGCUUUUAGAAAGGCUGCUGGGAAGGAGUUGGCCGUGGAUUCCACUUUAACUUUUGCUCAAAGAAGAAACGUCCCUGUGAGGUAUAACAGAGAAUUAAUGGCUACAACUUUGAAGGCUAUGUCUAGAAUUGAAGAAAUUAGAGUGAAACGUGAAAGAGCCUUCUAUAAGAAUAGAAUGAGAGGUAAUAAAGAAAGAGAUUUCUUGAGAGAUAAGAAAUUGGUGGAAGCUAACCCUGAAUUAUUAAGAAUGAGAGAAGUGGAAAUUGCCAAUAAACUUGCAAGAGAACAAGAAAGAGCUGAAAUGGUUUCUGAAGAAGAAGAGGAAGAAGAAGAAAUGGAUAUCGAUUCCGAAGAAGAAGAAGAGGAGCAAUUAGAAAAGCAAAAGAUUCUAUUAAAGAACAAAAAAAGAAACUCAAAGAAGAUUGCAUUUUAA